AUGAGUUGGCAAAAAGAAGCAGGUCAGAGUGAAGCUCAGGAGGAGGUGACGGAACUGGUUUGUCAGGAGGCUGAUCUUCAAGAUGGACAAAUGAGAGAAUUCCUUGUGGGGGAUCAGAAGGUGCUGUUGGUCCGCACCCAGGGUCUGUUCAGUGCUGUUGGGGGAAAGUGCUCUCAUUACAACGCUCCCCUGAGUAAAGGUGCCCUGGUUGGUGAGAGGGUGAGGUGUCCCUUUCACGGUGCCUGCUUCAAUGUGAGGACUGGCGAUAUUGAGGAGUAUCCAGGCCUGGACUCUCUACCCUGUUACAAGGUGAAGGUUGAAGAUGGCAAGGUUUAUGUUUCCAUCGACAAAAAGUCUAUGCAGUCAAGCAGGCGAGUGAAGGAGAUGUGCACCAUCCAGCCAGACGUCAAGCACACCGUCCUGCUGGUCGGAGGCGGCCCCGCGUCGUUGGUUUGUGCUGAGACACUUCGACAAAACUGCUACGAGGGACGAAUUAUCAUCAUAACCAAAGACAGCCUGGCCCCCUUUGACAAGACAAAGCUGAGUAAGGCUAUGCACGUGGACAGCAGCGACAUUCUCCUCAGGACCAGUGAUUUUUAUCAGCAGUACGGGAUAGAAGUGUGGACUCAGAAGGAGGUGGGAAACAAAACUGCGAAGCCCUGUGAUGUGCUUCUGAGGUUAUCUGGGCUUUUCCCUGAGAGCGCUGGUGUGUGUGUGUGUGUCGUGGUGCAGGUGGUGUCUGUGAGCACGGCUGACAAGCUGGUGAAGAUCAGCGAUGGCACCUCACAGCGUUAUGACCAGCUCCUCAUCUCAACAGGCUGCAGAGCGCGGCCACUCAGCUGUCCUGGUUCAGACUUGAAGGGAGUGCAGCUGCUACAGACCUACGAGGAUGCUAAAGAGAUUCACACCUCCUCCCAGGGAAAGAAAGCCGUCGUCAUUGGAGCAUCCUUCAUAGGUAUGGAGGUGGCAUCAUACCUGUCAGACAAAGCUGCCAGUGUUGCUUUGGUUGGCAACACCACGUACCCAUAUGAGAGGUCUCUGGGACCUGAAAUUGGCAAGAUGAGCAUGCAAAUGUUGGAAGAAAAAAAUGUCAAAUUCCACAUGAACGACGAAGUGACUGAAAUCAGAGGAGAGAACGGAAAGGUGAAGGAGGUGGUCCUGAAGAGUGGCACAAUCCUGGAAGCUGAUGUGGUGGUUGCGGGAAUUGGUGUCAUACCCAAUUCCGACUUUUUAGCAGGAAGUGAGGUAGCAGUGGACUCAAAGAAGGCCGUUAUCGUUGACAAGUUCUUGAGGACCAACAUCGCGGACAUUUUCAGUGCAGGAGAUGUCACCUCCUUCCCUCUGAGCAUUCGUGGUGGCCAGCAGGUCAACAUCGGUCACUGGCAGAUGUCACAAGCUCAUGGACGAGUUGCGGCUCUAAACAUGUUGAAGAAACAAGUCGCAGUUGAGUCUGUUCCUUUCUUCUGGACCUCUCUGCUUGGAAAGAGCAUCAGAUACACAGGCUAUGCGGAGGGAUACACAGAAAUCAUAUACAAAGGCAAAGUGGAAGAAAGAAAAUUUCUGGCUUUCUACAUAAAGGAUGAGGCGGUCUUGGCUGUGGCCAGCUUGAUGUUUGAUCCAGCUGUGGCUCAGGUGGCUGAGCUGAUGGCGAAGAAGAAAGUCCUGACAAAGGCCCAGGCUCAAGCUGAUGACCUGAGCUGGCUGCAGAUGUGA